GGUCGCAAUCUUCUGGCCAACUUGAACCAUACUUCAAUAUGCCCGCACCAAAUUCCCAGAUCGCCGGAGCCGGCGAGGAGGGCAGUCAGUCGGUCAUCAAAUCCGUCAUUAAUGGGGUUCUCAUGUUUGUGGCCAUUCAAACCGCCAUGAAGUUCAUAAUUCCUAAGGCUGGUACGCCCGCCACAACAACUCCAUCCUCGUUCGAGGAACGGACCUCUCCGGAUGAUCCAUCGACAUACAUGUUUGUCCCCGAGAAGGUUUUCCCCCUUUGGCCUGCGGAGGAGCCGGUAGAUAUUUCCAUCUAUGUAUCUGAGUUGCUCGCCCUACCGCCCCUCUCCUCUGAGCAGAUGGCCUCUAGCCUUGUUUUCAACGAGAAGAACUUCCAGGCCGAUGAUUGGUCGGAGCACCGUAGUGUGACUGUUGAUAUCCCACUCUCCCAACACGUACAGAACAAUGGCACCCUGUUCGCACACAUUUAUGUUAGUCGUUCUGGGUCCGCUAUGGAUCCUACCGACCCCGAUUAUGACAGCUCCAAAGCCUUUAGAAUCAUCUCGCUCUUGACUAAAUAUAUGCCAAAGAAGAAGAUUGUUAAGACCAAAAAACUAAUCGGCGGUGACGAUCAGGAGAGCGGGGAUGAGGAAGUUGCUGUACCUGACAACUCCGGAUCAAUAGUCUCAUACUUUCAUCCUAACCUAACACUGGAUGUAGUCAAUAAUGCUGAUAUUAUCAGCUUUAACACACUUCCGCCACCACUCCGCCAACAUGUGGUACUCGAGGCGACUGGCGCUCGGGACUCAACCGGAAAGAAUGGAUGGUAUUAUCCAAUCGUGUUUGUGAACGAGUUCUGGCAGUUGAAGGACCACAUGAUUGAGCUGAAUAGCACGGUUAAAUCUAUCCCUAUGCAUAUCAAUCUUGCUCCAACUAGCUGGUGGAAAUUCCAGAUGUACUCCUCUUUUGAUGCAUCCUUUAAACAAACGGUUUCCAACCCCGGAAUUGGAGGUUCAGCAAACACGGGGGCUGAAUUGGAGGAACUCAAGCGUGUCCUUGUGGAAACUAACAUCUUCCUUCUCGGAACCACGUUUGUUGUAUCCAUAUUGCAUACCAUCUUUGAGAUGCUGGCUUUCAAGAAUGAUAUAUCUCACUGGCGUAACAAGAAGGACAACGUAGGUGUCAGCGUGAGAACCAUCCUUGCAAAUGUCUUUAUGCAAGCUGUUAUCUUCCUUUACCUCCUCGAUAACUCGGAUGGAACUUCCUGGAUGAUUUUGGCAGGUCAGGGAUUCGGUAUACUCCUCGAAGCAUGGAAAAUCACACGCAUGGUCAACGUCAAGAUCCGACCUGUCAACAGUUUCAUUCCUUAUAGGGUGAUUUUCGAAGAUAAACACAAGUUAUCAAAUCUUGAGAAGGAAACUAAGGAGUACGACGAGGAGGCCUUUAAGUAUCUUUACUGGGUUGCUGUUCCAUUAUUGUUGGCCUACGCCGUUUACUCCGUUCUUUACGACACUCAUAAGAGCUGGUACAGCUUCAUUAUCACUACCUUGGUCGGUAGUGUUUAUGCUUAUGGGUUCCUGAUGAUGGUACCGAGCUUGUAUAUCAACUACCGUCUUAAAUCUGUCGCGCAUAUGCCUCGUAAGACCAUGAUUUACAAGCUGCUUAACACUUUUAUCGACGACCUCUUCGCGUUUACAAUUAAGAUGCCCACGCUCCACAGACUCGCGACACUUCGAGACGACGUCAUCUACUUCAUUGCUCUAUACCAAGCCUGGAUCUACCGAGUGGAUUAUAGACGUGUCAACGAAUUUGGACAGGGAGGAGCUGAUGACGGCGAGGAUGAUAGGAAGGAGAUUGAAGCCAAGAAGGAAUUUGAGGGCGCCACCCCCGUUGGAGUGGGGGCGAAAACGAACGGAGCAGAUAAAGGCAAGAAGGCCACCAAGAGAAAAUAGAUGAUGGAAUAUUAUAGCUGUUAUAGACGUAUCUUGGCUUAAUCGGAGGUGGGGGUGGGGUUGCGUGGUGUUACUAAUUGGUGGUGUAACUUAUGAAUUGUCAUGACGUAUCACUCGAUAUUUGAUUCUCUUCCGUACUUUCCUUUUCUAGGGAACAGACGGAAUAAGGCAACUAUCGUUCCCUAUAGCAUAUCAAUUAUGGUAGGCUGCGAAAAUUGUAUAGUUUCAGAUAUGGAGGUUAGGAGAUAUCGAGCAAAAAAGAUAA